UAAAAAAGAGUGACUGUUGCUGUAAGUUGGUGUAAAAUCUCAUUCAUGCUCGGCAUAAAAUAAAAUAAUAAAACUCAAAGCCAGUACUAAGGGUAUGAUAUAAGAUGUAAGAAACAAUGCAAUGAAUUGUCUUUACUCUGUUAAUGGAUUACUAACAUUAUUACAUAACUAACAUUAGUUCAUACUGUAUUUUUCUAUAUUUCUUCUCCACCUUGAACAAUGAAAAUACUGUAUGGAAUCUAUCAGUUAGAGCCUAAGUCUGACAUGUUUUAUUCAUCUCAUAUGUAACCACCGACAGAUAUAACAAGUAAGUAAAACAUUGUCAUAUUAACAACACACAAAAAGAAAAGAAAAGAAAAAAAAAAAAGAUAAUAAUACAUCUGGGCUCAUACCAUUCCAAAUUCAGGACACUUGGUGGCACUGAAACGAAAUAAGGCCUGUUGGUAUCAUGGAGAAUUCCCCCUGAUUUAGCAGAGAUGAUGUUUAUAUUUUAGGAAUGAGUCUGUAGGUCACUUUUACAGAUUUCUGUCUUUAAGUCAUUUUCAUUUUCAUUAAAUUAUUAAUAAUUUUAACAUAUCGGAACCAUGCAAGAAACUAUUUAACAUUCUCUCCCUUGGUUUGUUUUGUUUCAUUUAAUAAAUGAAUAGAAUUUGUGCAUAUCUGGGGAGAAGAUGUUAUGAACUCCUGCUCGGUGUCCCAGACCGGCUCGGUCCGGUCGAGGAUGAAGUGAACCCGGGGGUAAAGUGUCCCCCUCUCGCCGUCCUGCUGCUCCGUCAUCCCGUCGCGCCGGAAAAGGCAGAGCAGCGGAAAAAGGAGGCGUUGCCCUCCAACAACACAUCAGCUGCAAAUUUAUGCAAAACAGUAAAAGCACCAUCGUUGCUGCUGCUGCUGCUGCUGCGGCCGUCCUGCAAAGAAAAAGAAAAGAGCAACAACAAACAUCACGGUAAGAAAACGCUCCGGAGGCUGCUGAGUCGCUCGGAGUCGUUUUCCAGCCGGUAGCCGGUGCAGGAGGAGGCAGAAGACCCGGACCGGUGACGCAGCCAUGGAGACAGAUGGAGAGCAGAACCAGCAGGGGGCCUCGACCAAUGGGAGCGCUGCGUCCGGGACCAGCUCCCGCCCCUCUCCCAUGAACUCCAUGUCUCUGUAUGAAAGACAGGCAGUGCAGGCCCUGCAGGCGUUACAGAGGCAGCCCAAUGCUGCUCAGUACUUCCAGCAGCUGAUGCUGCAACAGCAGAUCAACAACGCCCAGCUGCAGAACCUGGCCGCUGUGCAACAGGCUACACUGGCUGCAAGUCGUCAGUCAAGUCCUUCCAGCAGCAGCUCGUCUCAGACCACCAGCACCACCGCUGCCAGUGUAACAUCUGGAGCAGGAUCCACAACCAGCAGCCGUCCUAUGGGUGCCUCGGCAACUUCCACAAUCAGCCAAUCGGUGCUUCUGAGUGGGACGGCAGGAGGACAGGGACAAAUGUACCUGAGGGUCAACCGCUCCCUGAGAGCCCCCAUCUCCUCACAGCUCAUCUUUAUGCCCGGCAGCACGGCAACCGCUGCUGUGGCAACUGUCACCCAGCAGCCACAGGCUCAGCAACAGCAGCAAGAGGUGACUCCAACUUCCUCUUCCAGCAGCCAAUCAGACAAUGACCAGGUGCAGAAUCUAGCCAUGCGAGGUGUGUCCAGUCCCAAAGGUGUGGGUGUUAAGACUGAAGCCCCGGAGAGGAGUGACUCGGCGGCCUACUCCCUGGUCCAGCCCUCCCACCAGCCAAACUCCCAGUCUCCCACUAAGCCAAGCCAGCCUCAGCCCCAGCCCCCCCACAUCAAAAUCCCCACGUAUCCCCAGCCCACCAACCUCAAAGCCCACCCCUCCUCUUCCUCUGGUGCCUCCUCCUCCUCCUCUUCCUCCACCUCUUCCAUCCCUCUCUCCCAGCUCCUGCUCCAUGGAACCCGGACCCUCACCACAGGAACCACAGCUCCCACAGCAGCACACACCCUGGUCCUAACGUCCAAUGCGGCAUCUCAGCCUCAUGGGUACCCAGUUGGCACAGCGACCAUCAAACCAGCGGUCAACGCUCAGACUCUGGUGGUGCAGCCUCUGCAGAAGACCUCACUCAGCACAGAGAAAUCGGGCCACGGUAACGGACCCAUCCCCAUCCAGCCUAAAACUCUGCAGGGGCUCCGUCUGCCCCUCCAGCUGCCUUCUAGGAACCCCCCUCCCAUCCUGCCUGCCCCACCACCAGCCAGCAGCUCUGCCCAGCCUGCCCAGCCUCCCCAGCCGCCGCACAUCCCAGUCCAGAUCGUGGGGGCCAGGCAGAGCACCCUGGGAAACGCCCAGGCUCUGGCUCUGGCCCGGGGCAGCUGCAGCCAGGACGGAGCCGCCGUCCUCACCAGCUCAUCCAGCCUGCUCACCAUGGUGGCUUCCAUCGCUUCCAGGGAGGGUGGGGUCGUGGGCCGCGGAGUGGGGCUAAAGGCGCUUCAGUCGCCCCAGGAGGCUCCCCCGUUGGCUCAGGUCUCUCAAGUGCAUCCGCAGGCCAAUCAAAGCUCUGGACAGAAUCAGAACGGAUCCCUAGCCUCAAGCACCGCCUCGUCCCAGUCCCCCACCGUUUCCUCUCCUCCCUCUUCGCUGUCUCGUUCCACCCUCUCCCUCCCCCUGGCAACUGAAGAGCAGAGAGGAGCGUCGGCUGGUGUGACCACCAAUGGAGACUCAUUGGGAAACCAGACACCACAGGGAAAGCAGAUGACUGUCUCACUAAAAAGGAAAUCAGACUCAAAUUCAGCCAAUGAUGAAGAUGGCCCCUCCCCCCCACGGAUCCAGCCCGUCAGAGAUCACACCUCUGUGCUCACAACCAAUCCUACUGAAGCAGGAUCUGGGCCUCCUCCUCCCGCCCCGCCCUCUCCCUCCCCAGUCUUGACGGUGUCCCGUGGGGUAUGCGGUCAAGGGGAGAGAGCUCCUCCCCCUCAAGCCGUGGUUAAACCUCACGUCCUUACACACCUUAUAGAGGGCUUCGUCAUCCAGGAAGGGGCAGAGCCUUUCCCCGUAUGUGGUCCAGUAAAGGACUCGGCUGGUGAGGAUUUAACAAACGACAGUCCGGACACCAACCAAUCAGAGACUGUUACCACUGCAACAGUGCUUAAGUGUGAGUACUGUAAAAACUUUGCUCCUGCCAGCCAGUUCAGAGGCACCAAAAGGUUCUGCUCCAUGUCUUGUGCCAAGAGUAUGUAUUGGUUCCCCAGGUACAACGUCAGCUUCAGGCAGCACUUCUGCGUGCGGCAGGGUCACAGCCAGGGUCAAGGUCAGGAUCACGCUCCAGAUCAGAAUCAAGGCCAAGGUCACCUCUCCAACUCAGAUGAGGAGGGAGGAAUUGCCAGGCGAAGGGUUCCCCGCAGGACCAGCUCAGAAAUAGCCAGUGCCAAGAUAGCAGGGAGACCCAUACCUGUCAAGUGCCGUUCAGAGUCCAGCCACUCAGACGAGGAGUCCAGUGGAGAGGAGGACGAAGACGACCCCAUGUCCCUCUCGCCAGCCUCCUCGGCAUCCUGCCACCAGCCGCCGCCUCCUCUCCCCACGGAGAGUUCUGCACCCAGCUGCCUGCCUGCUGCCCCCGCCCAGUGGAGUGUGGAGGAAGUGUCGCAGUUUAUUUCCUCGCUGCAAGGCUGUGAGGAGCUCGCCUCCCAGUUCCUGUCGCAGGAGAUUGACGGACAGGCCCUGCUGCUGCUGAAGGAGGAGCAUCUCAUGUCCACCAUGAACAUCAAGCUGGGUCCCGCCCUCAAGAUCUGUGCCCACAUUAAUAAUCUGAGAGACUGAUGUCAGUGUUUCCAAAAAUCCACCAUGUUCAAAGUCAAGCCCUGGGCAUUUACCCCAAACUCUUGUUCUGCUUCCAGUUCAGACAUGGAACUGGUUCCAGAGUCCUGCAGGUGAAUGUAUGAGGUAAAGUUCAUUUUCAAAACAAAGGCUCUUGAGCCCAAACUGGGAGCUGCAGCACUUGAAUCUGUCAUUGCUCUUGACCAUAUUUUCAAAGGUCGUAUUUGCACAGGAGUGUUGUGAAUUCCUUACAAAUCUGUCCUGUCUGUGACUCGCAAAAUACACUGCAGUUUGCAGACUAUAUUUUGCUGAAGAUACAUGUCUUCUAAAAUGCUGUGUCUGUGUGAAAUCAGUGCUCAGUCAGAACCGAGUGAUUUCAUUUUGCUUUUUAGAUGCACAAUUUCAGUUUUACACCUGUUGUGUAAAAUGCAGAAAUGGAUUUUGAAUGUAUUUUCAAUGCAGAGAUCACUUGUAUUGAGUGCAAUGGGCAAACAAGGAUAAACUAAAAUACAGUAAUUGUACAGGAUUCUGACAUUUUACAAGUUAUGUACAAAUAGGGCUGCUCUUUCUACAGACCUAGGCUGUGUUGGUCUUAUUUCAAGUUUUGCCCUUUCUCCUAACUUCAGAUGUCAGGAUUAUUUUCAUUGAGAGUCUGUGUUGGUUCUCAUCUAGUUUAGCACUCAAAGCUUUUUUCUGAAACAUGUUUAUGAUUACAGCUCUUCGCCUGGUUAAGCCACAGUCGGCAUAGAAUUUGGACAGAUAUGCAGCAAAGAAAGACGUGUUCAGUCAAUAUGUCAAGAUUACAGUUGAUUUUAUUUUCAGAAAGGAUUUUGUAAGGGAAGCACUCUGAUGAUUUUGAUCUUUAAUGUUAUGUGUGUAAGAAAAACUAGUACUUUCAGCAUCAUAAUCACUUUGUAACAAUAGGUAUCAUUUGUAAAUGGUGGCACUUUUUUUUUGAAGUGGCCUAUUCUAUAACUUACAGGGUAUAGUGAGAGUACAGGGUACUGGCUAAAGAGAUGCCAGACCACAGUCCAAAUGAAACCCAAAUCCCUCAAGGUUCAGAGAGCAUUUUAUAUUUCAAGGGCAAAAAAUGCUGCAAAAAUACUGAUGUUACAUUUGUUUUAGUCACAUCUGUUUCUUGUUUUUACACUCAGAGCACAUCAGCAGUAAACAAACACACUACUGCAAAAUGCUUUUCCAAAACUGUUUUCACAUUUACAGUUUUUCACUCGGUAUGUUGAGAUACAGCCUUUUUAAGUUUUUUAAACAGGACUUACUGUUGACUCUACUCUUUGAAAGGAUUGUAAUCUGCAAAAUCUUUGACUAUUUUUGUUCUGUCAGGCAAUUUCAAGAUUUUCAAAUGGUACAACCAGCUGCUUCUGAUCUGUGUGAUCUGUGUUUGUAUGAGUGACGGGUAACGUCACGGGCUUGAUUUUGUGUAGUGACAUAAAGUUAAAAAGAAAAUGCUGAAAGAGAUGAAGAAUGGGAGUAAUCAGCAAAUGUGAUGAUAAGCUUUUAAUUUGAAGUAACUUUAAGCUGUGUUUUUGAACAAAACCAGAAAGUCCAUUAAUAAGAAGAGACUGGUAGCUACAUGUGGACCUAUGUUUUUGAUGGAUGAAAAAAAAAAUCAUACCUGACUGAAUGAGUGUGUGAAUGUGAAAACCUUAAGCUAUACUGUAAUAAGUGUAAAAUUUGCCUUUAUAUUUAAAUGCACAUUUGUUUGCUGGACUGCCUUGUUUAAGCUUUUUACUGUAGGAGUUUUCUCAUGUUAUCUCUCUGUGAACCUUGUGGCCUUUCUCACUAGUCUCUACAAUAGGUUUAGAUAAGGAUUCUCUGUUUUUUAACUGCUUUUCAUAUCAUUCCUUGUUUUAUAUUAGUGCUUACUUUUUUACAAUUGUUACUUCAAGCAAUGACAUGUGUUGCCUUUCCCAAAAAGCGUGACUGAAUAGUAGCUACCUUGAUCAAGGAAACUUGCUGUCUUCCUCAUAGCUUUGUCACAUAGCGUGUAAUUACCAACAGUAUUUACCUUUCUAGCUAGCUAUCUUUGGCUUUAUUGUUAGUGACUGUGGCUAUUACAGUAUUUUCUUUCAAAAAGGACAAUAAUCUUUGAUAGCUGUGUGUUUAUAUGUCACAGUUGCCCCAGGAUUUUGGAGUCUUAAAAUCAGCUGGUCCCUCAGCAUAUUGUGAAAACCAAAAAAAACCACAAAAAAAAAACAGCACUUGUACUUCAUUACAAGUGAUGUGAGCCACAAUUUCUUACUGAAAUCAUUGCAGGUCUGCUGUGAUUACUGGUGUAACAUUUGUUAACAAGCAGACCAUUGCAAAGUUUCCCAAAAAGUAGCACUUUUCUCAGAAAAUAACAGUGGAUUCUACAAAAAUCUUUUUUAUGAAGAAGCUACUUCAGAAUCAAAAUGUGUUUCCUUGCAAUAAUCAAUAAAACUGCAAAAUCUUGGAGGGACUGGGUUUGAUGAGAGGUUAACAAUACUAUCAUGCAAAUAAAUAAUUAAGGAACUGUUUUAAAA